CCCCCCCCCCCCCCCGGAAAUCGAGCCCCGUCUGGAAACGACCACCUUUCAUCGCAAUCGAUCACUGACGCGACUUUUAUCCUUACACAGGCUCUACUACCUAAUUUAUCAUCUUUUGCGCCCCGGUAUACGAGCGCAAACACUGCCGCCCAUCGCGAUUACGCUUCGAUUUGUCGGCUCUACAAAUCGGUCGUGUUGCGCAUAAGCAUCAUUCAAAAUGGCCUCCCAUCAAGAACGCACACUGCCCUCUAAGCACAAUCCUCUCAUGACAGAGGAUGUCCCGGAUUACACGGAUUUGGUCGCGCGUAGACGUCUCGGACAAACCAAGCUGACACCUAAGAUGGCCGGCACUGGUGAAACUGAGCAGGCGGCUCUUGGCGUUUUCGAUUAUGCGCAUCUCCGAGCCCCCCUUCCCAAGGGCAUCGUUUCGGGCAUCUUCAAAUCGAGCCCUUCCAGCUACUUCUUGAUGCGACGCAGCUUUGACGGUUACGUCUCGGCGACAGGAAUGUUCAAGGCGAGCUUCCCUUAUGCUGAAGCAUCCCACGAGGAGGCAGAGCGCAGGUACAUCAAGUCUCUUCCUACUACGAGCCCCGAGGAGACUGCCGGCAACAUCUGGAUCCCUCCGGAGCAGGCUCUCGUCCUCGCCGAGGAGUACAAGAUUGCUCCUUGGAUUCGCGCGCUUCUCGAUCCCGCCAAGAUCACCGUGACCACAACUCCAGACUCUUCUUCGCCCAAGAAGAGCAUUACCGCCCCUCCCAAGUUUGAUCUUGCUAAGGCGUCGCAUCCUGUGCUUGCACCUCCCACCCCCUCAACUAUUCCUCGAAGUACUCGAUCUCGUCGUUCUGCUAGUCCCACAAAGAGCACCAGGCGCGCCCCUGCCUCGCCUCGAAAGCGAAGCACCCGCGCCAAGGCCGAAACUGUGGAGACGAUCACCGAGAAGACUGAUCUCGUAAAUGGCGUGGCUGAGACCGAGGGGAAGGUCGAGGAGACCAAGCGUGAAGACAUUGUUCUGCAAUCGACCGAGUUUGAGCCAGCUAUCGUUCUGGAGCCCAGGGAAGAGGACCCCAAGGUCAAGGUGCACGUUGAGGAGGAUAUCGUCAAAGAUGAGGACGGUGUUGAGACUAAGCGCACGAUCACAGAAGUUGAGCUUCCUCUGCCCACAGCGGGUGAGCCUCCAACUGCCGAAGAGAUUGCCCAAAUGAUGGAAGCAGCUAAGGAGAUGGUCCAGAAGACCAAGGCUGACGAGGAACAAGACGAGGUCGAUGAGGCCCCAGGUUCAGCCAAGAAGAGCAAGCGAAAGGCUGCAGAUAUUUCUGUUGGCGACAAGGACAGCGAAGGGCUAGAAAAGAUACCAGAGCAGCCUAGGGCCAAGAAGGUGAAAACUGAGACGGAAUUAAGGAAAGAGAAGGUGAAGAACCGGGCGUUACUUGGCCUGGGUGCCACGGUUGCAGUUGGCGCGAUUGUUCCUUGGCUUAUGAACUUUAUCUAAGCAAUGAAUUGUAUGUCAUGUCUUCGGAAAAUAAACACGGUCUUUUAGUAGGGACCUGAAUAAACCCACCACGACCAUGGCUGAGAUUUGGGACGGGCGGACUGGAUUGGAUCGGCGCGGCUAUUGUAUUUCUUGGUUGUUUUCUUCAUUUUCGUCUUCUGUCGUUGUGUCUCGUUUUAACGGAAUCACUACCCAAUACUCAUGCACCCUACUGCUGUAAUGAGAAGUCGAGAGUGGCAUCUCGUUGAGACGACACCCUUUCGAUGUCUUUACUGCUGCUAUUACUUACCAUACCACAUCACUAUACCAUACCUUAUCAUACCAUACCAACUUUGACCUUUCCUCUUUUUUUUAUCAACUUUUAUUACAAAAA